AAGAAUUGUGCUUCCAUGGAGCUCAAUGGACUGAAAACAGAAACUUGUAGUACAUCAUUACCUGAAGGAAUAGAUGUAAAAAGGGUGACAAGAGAAAACGUUACAGAGUCCCUUGACGAGUUGCUUUCGUGUAUACAACGUUCCACUUUUAUCACCGUCAAAGUUGUUCAUUCUUGUGAUAGUCGUUCAACAAAUAGUACAGAAAAUGAAGUUCCUUUGGAUUUCGAGUCUCAUUUGGAAGCUUCUUCCGUUACCUCCGUGAAUAGUACGGAGUCUGGAUGGAAACAGUCUUAUGGUACUGAUUUCUCUAGUCUACUAAACUUCGACACAGAAACAGAAGAAAGUAAGAGCAAGGAAGAAUAUAAACGUUUAAGACAACUUGUUUCCAGUGAAAGUAUUUUGGAGGUUCUCAUUUCGAGUUUUCGAAGGAAGCCUCCUAAAGAGUAUAUUUCAGGAGAGACGGAAUCGACAAAAAACUCUGAAAAUUUGAAUACGCAAAGUUUUCCUUUCAGUCUUUACCGUGACGCACAAUACAGCGUUCGAGUGUUUCGAUUUCUGUUCUUGAGGAAUGGAAAUUUCUCCAUAUCAUCUGACCUUAGUGAUGGGUUGUGCAAUAAGGGUGGAGACUUUUCGGAAUAUUUUCAACUCGGAAUCAAGUAUUCUGUUCCUCAUUGUACGGAAGAAGUACAUACUCCUGGAGAUAGUCUAAAAGGAAAGAAUUGGUUUGACCCACAUAGGAAAAGUACUUUUGUGUUUCGUCCUGGUUGGAGUGAAAUUCUUCCUCCCACAGUUGCCUUUGGAGAAGGUUCUUUAUUGUUGAGAUAUAUUGCAGAAAGUCGAGUACCUUUGGUAGUUUUUGAUGGACUUGUGGACCUCAUGGCACUCUAUCAUGCUUUUCAUGCACCUUUACCUAAACGAUUGGAUUCUUUUCUUGUUCAACUAUCACUGUUGUUACCGAGAGUAUAUGAUAUUCGUUGUCUCAUAGAAGAUUGCCUGGAAAUGGAUGGUUCUAAUAUUGAUAAAGUAUAUAGAACCUUUUAUGAGCCUUUGUAUAUUCAGGAAUUAUGGAAGAAACUUUCAAAGAGUUCAAAAUUCCAAGUGCAACGUGAUUAUUCCGUAAAUAUAGCUUCGAAUGCCUUUGAGGAUAAUAGGAAAUUGCAGUCGAAUGAGAAAACAUCGAUGGAGACUUUGGAAGUACAAAAUGGAGACUAUUGGGAAGAUGAACACGAUGCUAAACUUUUGGAACAAAGAAUUGAUGCUCUUUUAGAAGACAAUAUCGGUUCUCCAACAACUUCUACUCAUGGUGGUACAUUGUUUCGUCCAUUUUCAUCUUAUGCAGUUUGUGAAGAAAAACAGAAAACUCGCAGAGAAAAAGAAGAGGAUAGAAAGAAACUUUGUCAACAACAACAAUCUGUUAGUCAUUCUUCCAAGAACAAUGCAACUCUAAGAGUAUCACGAAAAUGGCAUAGUGUCCAUGGAGGUUGUAUAUUUCAGGAUCCUUUAAAGUCUUUUGAAAUAGACUUGCAUCAAGUUUCAGAAAGUAGUGAAAAGUCCUAUGAAUAUUGUUAUUCUUGGAACCCUUAUUUGAAGGCUUUUGAGAUUGGUUCUCUAUUUGCAACGUUUAUUGAACUAUUUGGAUGGAGUCAAAUAGUUUCGAGUUUUGAACGGAAGAUCUAUCAGAGCUCUAAAAAGUCUUGGUUGAUAUUACCUGCUGGUUUUGCACCUGUUCCUCAACCAGAUAUCUGUCUUCCUUCAACUGACAACAUACUCAGAGAAAGCCAUUCAUCCUUAAACUCUUAUCGGCAACAUGGAGAUACCAUUAGGUUUCAAAGUACGUCUACCAAAUCUCUAAGUGAAAUAGCUUCUGAUGAUGGUUUCUCUUCAUGUUAUAAUUCAAGUGCAUCUAUACAAUCCACACCAGACAACUCCUUCCAGUUUCAGCAACCUCUUUCAGCUCAACAAUCUUCUUCUUUAACUAAAAGCAAAUCUUAUCAAUCUAUUGUCCCAAGUCUUCAUAUUGGUUCGGAUAAUAUACGCUCAGAAUAUCUUAGUCGACUGGGUUUAUAUAGUUCAAGUUCCAGAGCAGAACGUACUGAAGAUGCUAUUUGUGUUCGAGUCAAUCGUUUUCUGGAUGUUUGUGUUCCAACAAGUUUCAGUGAGUUGAGAAGAGAAGCUGUUUUUAGAGUAGUUGCCAGUAUUAUCAAAAGAUCUAUUGGCGCACAAGCAUUUUGUUAUGGAAGCUUUGCUACAAAAACAUAUCACGCGGACUCCAUUUUAGAAAUUGGCGCUUUUCUUGUUGGAAAAAAUGAUACGGCAGCUGAAUGGUCUGCAAAGCUUAUGGCUGCACUUUGCGAAGAUGCUACUCUAGCAAGUGACCAUUCUUCAAGUAGUUUAGAAUUUUCAUAUCUUUCCUUGAUUCAGCAAAAGCAUCCAGUUCCACUACCCGUACGUAAUAUUUCUUAUUUUCGACCCAAACCAACUCCAAGUGGAUGUCAACCACCUCCUGCAGUAACUUUUACAGUCAAUUGGCCUAUUGAAGACCCUAGAAGUGGACUAGUGGCUUUGGAUACCAAUUCAACGGAAAGAGAUAUUGCACCUAAUGUCCGAGUAAGCGUAACGUUGAAUCAUGUAGCUGGUAUUCAUACCGCUUGUGUCUUGGAGGAGUUUGAUCAUGCAAUGGGAAGAAAUCAUUUGUUUAAAAGAAGUCUUUUGUUGGUUAGAACUUGGGUGGAUUAUGGAGUCAAGUUGACAGAUAUUUUACCUUCACGUGCUGUGGAAGUGUUGGUGGUCUUUGUUGCCAAUUGUUUUCAUUCUUCCAUAGAAACUCCGUUUGAUUUACUAUAUCGCUUCUUAACUUAUUUUGUACAUUUUGAUUGGCGAAAGUUUGGUCUUUGUGAAACGGGCAUAAUAGACUUAGCCACAGGGCAACGAAAGCAGCCUAUAUCUAGUGAAAAUUAUUUAUUUCCACCCAAUGCUGAAGUAUUGCUUUAUCAUCGGACAACAACAGAAGCUGAAACGCAAUGUGUUACAGAGGAACAAUUUGAAGUUGUACCUUUGGAAGCCUUGAAUAUAUUCGAUCACGUGAGUUGGAAACAUUAUCGCAAUAUCUGUGUGGAUUCUACAGAAAUGGACAUUGUAGCAUUUCAAAAAGCCGUGAACAAAGGUCUUCGUGAUGCCGAGCUCUUUCGUUCGGCACCUACAGCAGCUAAUUUACAAGCUUUGACUGGUUCUGCAUGGAAGCGUCAUAUCGAUAGAUGGAAGUUGAUCGAUACUCAGUUGGCACUGUUGAUAGAUCGUUCUUUAUCUGCUCCAGUCACAUCUCAUAAAUUUGGCAAAUACAGUCAACAUGGUGAUGAUACUCGUCCAUUGGUUUAUAUUUCUUCUGCAGGUUUCUUGGACUACUUUAGAGAAAGAGACCCACUUUAUGUUGAUAUGACAACCUUGAGGAACAACUUGGAAUAUGUCCGUUUUAUAGUGAAUAGUGAGGUGACUGAAUUAGGACUUUUGGCAUUUCUUACCCAAAUUUUGGCAGAAAAUGGUUGUUUAUUGAUUGGCGAAAUUGGUCAGCAUCUAAGAAGCACUUUUGGGAAGCAGGAUUGGAGCAACAUAUUGAAGGAACGAUUUGGUGGUUUGAAAAGGUUUCUGUUGAAGCAUUCGGAGUUGUUUUAUGUUGAUACCGACCAUCCACUGAAUCCACAUAUUUAUUUAAGAGCAAGUAUCAAUGGGCCGCUAUUAGAAAAGAAACCUCAAGAUACUAGUAUGGAAACCAAAAAAUCGAAGAAAAAUAAGAAACAACAUAAUAACAAUAAUAAUAGCAUGGUUACUACCGCCAAUAAUAAUAAUAAUAAUAAUAAUAAUCACAAUGGUGCUAUAGGAGGAGUGGAAGAUUCCGUUCGUUUCAAUCCAUCCGUAGAGUUUCCUAUUCAACCAUCUUAUAUCCAAAUGGAUCCACAUCAAACUAGUCAUUUGGACGAGAGACAAGUUUUCAUGAGUUCAUAUCAUUCUUCUACAUCUGGCAUAGGCAACGAGCUAGUUGAAGAAGAAAAUAUUCAUCAGAAUAGAGUUUCACCGCUUUAUUUACCACCUUUAGGAACAACUCCGUAUUAUUCUGUGCCAACAGAAUGGUUGGCAAGAGAACCGAUGACUUCCUUGAUGGAGCAUGAUUGUGAUAUGGACAAAGGUCGUACAACUUUCCAUCAGAAUUUAUCAUCAUCUUCUUUUGACUAUGGAUUUGGACCUUGUAAUAAUUUUUAGUCACCAGUGUUGUGUCUAUGGAAUCAUGAUGGUUCUUGGAGAGAAAUUUCUCGUUUUUCUCAAAAGAAAGCCAUUUGAAACACAAUAGAGCAACCGAGUGAAGAAUAAUAAAAUUUUCAA